ACCAAGAAAGCCAUCGCGUACAAGCCCAGUUUGCUCAGCUAGCCCAGCUCAACCCCCAGGAGCGCAUGGCCCGCGAGUCUACUUUGCAGCAGAGGAAGGUAUCGCUGGAAGCUUGGCUGACCCGCGAGGCACAGACACUGCAGCAGUAUCGUGUGGAGCUGGCUGAAAAGCACCAGCAGACGCUUUCACUGCUCCGCAAGCAACAAACCAUUAUCUUGGACGACGAGCUGAUUCAGUGGAAGAGGCGGCAACAGUUAGCGGGGAAUGGCGGGCCCCCUGAGGGCCCUUUGGAUGGCUUGCAGGCUUGGUAGG